AGUCACUCUGCCCAGUCGAUUGUGUUUGCGUGUGCCGUGCAGUUGUUGUUCUGUCGUUUUUAUAUUAUGCUUAUUGUUGUAUUCCAAAUGUAAUUGAAAUGAAAAUAUUAAAUUCCAUUCGUAGUGUUUGGUUACGGGUCAAACCAUAUAAAAGUGUUCAAUAAUUGUUUGUGAAUGAUCAAAGAAAAAAAUAAUUGUAGCAAGAAAGCUCUCUAUAAAAUAUACCUGAUUUCCCGAAACAAUUAUAGGCAUCAGUGAUAAAACAACAUGAGUUCAAAGCAAAGUGCGCGUCUAAAAACUAAACGAAAGCCUGGCGACCCUUGGAUAUCGAAAAAUCGUGUCCUCAAUCCCUCGAAGGCAAAACGUAAUUGUCCAAUCUAUCGCAAUCCCAAUUUUGAUACAGACGAAACCAAGUUGCUGAUACAAUUGUGGGGUGACCCAAAGGUUCAACGUGAAUUGAUUACCACACACAAAAAGCAUUUGGUUAUUGCUCAGUUGGCUACAAAGAUGGAAGAGUAUGGCUACUAUCGUUCACCGGAGGAGAUAACCACACGCAUCAAGAACAUGAAGUGUUUCUAUAAUCGUCUGAAAAAGGAAAUGGAAUCGAAUAAAGACAUGGAUCCUUCGUGGCGUCAUUAUGCCGACAUGGAUGCCAUUAUGACACGGCCCAUAUUUAGUGUGCGUCCCAAUGAGGUGCCGGCACCAUCGCUUAAAUAUCUUAUGGAACAGGAGGAGGAAAAGAGGAAAGAACGCAAGCGCAAAGCCGAAGAGGAAGGAAUUCAUGUAUCGGAUAGUGACGACGAUAUUGAAGACGUUCUCGCAGUAUCAGUGGCUAGAAGAGACUCAAGGAGCAAAGAAAAUAAUAUUGUCGAACCUCAUGCUGAAAUUGAACUUGAAGUGGAUGAGGAAACAUUAGCUGCAAUUGAAAAAGGCGGAAACCAACCGAAAUUUACAGCUCCGAAGGAAAAUAAAAAUAAAACUGGCCAAGCAUCUGACGAAUUGAUGAUUAAAAUGGAAAUAGAAUCUGAAGAAUAUCUGACGAUAAAUGAGCAGGAUACAUCGCCGAACAAAUCACAAGAUACUCAAAAAUCCCAAAGAAACGAUGAAGAAUUAUUAGUACCGAAAGUGGAACCAAUAGAUGUAGAUGACGAAGAAUUUCAAUGUGAGCGGCAAAACAAUUCAGCACCAAAUCUUGUAAGAAUAUUAAAUAAACCCACAAGUCAGAGCAAUACAACCGGCACAAGUUCCAGUGUAUCCUCCGUAACACCAUCAAAAAUAUCUGUAGUGUCGCCGACAAUUCUUAUGCCAACUACGGGCCAAGCCACAACAGCGGUAAUAAAUACCCAAUCCCCGCGUCAAAUGCACUUUAGUGGUAACCUGCAAGCGUUACUGGCAUCUUCAACAGCUAGACAAACUGUAACGGCAUCGAAUGGAAUGAAAUUUAUUUUGGUAAAUGCUGCAGAUCAUAGAGGAGCUCAAAUAACGACAACAACAGCAGCUCCACUCCCAACAAUAACUCAAAACAACAUUAUGCCGCAACAAAACAGUAAUAGCAUACAACAACCUCAGAAGUCUCAGCAGACAGUGAAAACCCCGCCGAAGAAUGUUCAAAACAACACGGCACGAAAACGGCUUUUGGAAACUAGCUCACCCGAUCGAGAUACAUUGAGGAAGCGAGAAUUAUCAGGAAUUAAAAGUACUCUGCAAAAACUUCUGAAGGCCAAAGAAGAAUCUAAUGAAAUGGCAGCACAACGUUUGGCCCUUGAACGCGAACGUUUGCAAUUCGAGCGAACGAUAGCUGAAAAGUUUUUGGGCAUAUUCGAGCAAAACCAAAAAAUUCAACAACAAUUGAUACAACAACAAAUUCAACAAAAUCAUCAUCAUCAAUCGCAUCAGAGACCAACAACGACACAACAAAUAUUUACCACAACCACGGGAAAUCCUGCUACAGCUACAGCCAUACAAAACCAGGGACAAAUAAUGAUACCGCCUAAAUUGUUAAUAACAACAAUGGUUCCCACAUCGGUGGCCACGUCCAGUGCCGGUAGUGCUAAUACAAAAGUUAUAACAACGGCGAAUAUUAAAAAUGUAACCAAUACGCUAACAGUCGAACAGCCAUUGCUAAUACCCAAAGAAGAACCCCUCGAUUAGAUUGAUUGAAUGUCUGUGACAUUUAGAAUUUACUAUAAAAUUUAAGUAGAAUAUAUAGUUUUUAAUUUUCUGUUUUUGUUUUCUUCAAUUCCAUACACAUUCCAUGAACUAUUUUAUGCAAUAUAUAUUUUUUUUAAUUCUAGUCACUAUUUUUCAUAUGUUAAAUGUAAAAUUAAAUAUAAUUAUAUUAUAUUUGAAUAUAGUAAACAACACAGAAUGAAUUAUAUU